AAUCAGAAGUGUCAUGUGCUGCAAGGAUAUAACGUAUGUCUUUGAACCUUGCUACAAGUGGCUGGAAUUGCCUUGGUAAAGGUGUCCUUGACAUGGUGCGAAGCCUUCGAAAUCGAGAGGUGAAAGAUGCUGCAGCCGAGGCUUCGACUUCGCCUCCGGUGACGGACGACGUGGCUGCCGUGGAUGCCGUGGACGCCGGUCCGGGUCCGCCGCUGGAGGCGAAACCAGAGGAGCCACAAGGCGAAGAGGUCCUGGUUGGCCACACUGCGAUGGAUCUGGUGGCCUUGGGUCAGCGCGCCGACAAAGAGCAGUGCGCUGCUGAGGAGGAGAAGUUGCCUUGCCUCUCCCGCUGCCGGGCACGGGAACACAGGUGCGAUGGUACGGUGCGAUGGUACGAUUCGAGGUGCGGUGGAAUGAUACAGUGGCAGGUGCGAUGGUAG